CCAGCUUGUCUAUAUACAGCGGAGGUUGGCUUAUUGUGUUUACUCGUCGUAGAAACUGUGAAGGGACAAGGAGAGGAAGCAAUCGAGUCUAGGGUGUAUUUCUUUUAUAUAUUCGUUGGCAGUUUAGCAUUAUCGGGGCAGCAUAAUGGCCGAUAAAAUGGAUAUGUCUCUAGACGACAUUAUCAAGCAGAACAGGCAGCAGAGAGGUGGAGGCCGCGGUGGAAGAGGUCGAGGCCGCGGAGGCUCAGGUGGCGGCCGAGGAGGAGGAGGCCCUGGGCGUCUUGGAGUCAGCGGCGGCGGAUUUGCAGGCCGAGGCGGCGGGUCCGGCCCCAUGAGGAGCCGACAGAAUCUGAGCCGCGGUAGAGGCAGACCAACGCCUUACAGCAGGCCUAAACAGCUUCCAGAUAAGUGGCAGCAUGACAUGUUUGACAACGGCUUCAGUGGCCCAGUCGGAGGUGGCGGAGGAGCUGGUGUGGAAACUGGAGGGAAGCUCCUCGUCUCCAAUCUCGACUUUGGGGUCUCAGAUGCUGACAUUCAGGAACUUUUUGCUGAAUUUGGGACUCUGAAAAAGGCUGCAGUUCACUAUGACCGAUCGGGGCGGAGCCUGGGAACCGCAGAUGUCCACUUUGAAAGAAGGGCAGAUGCCCUUAAGGCCAUGAAACAAUACAAUGGCAUCCCACUGGAUGGGCGGCCUAUGAACAUACAGCUCGUCACAUCACAGAUUGACACACAGAGGCGACCUAUGCAGGGUCUGAACAGAGGCGGUGGAGGAGGCAUGAACAGAAAUCGCGGGGGUGGCUUCAGAGGCAUGCAGAGAGGCCGCGGAGGACGUGGUGCAGGCGGUGCCGGGGGAAGAGGUCGGGGUGGCCGCGGCGGUAGUGGUAGCAAGCAGCAGCUGUCAGCAGAAGAACUCGACGCCCAGUUAGACGCCUACAAUGCCAGGAUGGACACCAGCUAAAAAAUACAGUUCCUCUGGAUUGUUGUCCCUUCCUGUCUGCACAGAAGGGUAGUUGUGACAGAUGUGCAGAAUAUUUUACACAUGAAUGUCUUCUGAUGUGAUUUGAAAUUAUUGUUCCAACCUCUUCUUUUAAAUGCUCCGUUUUUUACCAGUACUUGAUUAUUUUUGUUUUUCUGACGAAAAAUGGUUUUGGCUGUAGGUUAAUGUGAAUUGGGUUUUCCCAGUUCUUUUCUCUACCCUGUAGUUAAUGACACUUGUAUUAAAACCUACAGUGAAUAUUAACCAAA